UACUCCUACGGCGUCUCAGGUGCCCGUAUCAUCAACAUCAUCAGUGUCGGUUCAACCUCUCAGUGCACGGCGGCCUCACCGUCGCCGCCGCGAGUUGGAGCCUGGUGAUCACGCUUCCUCCUCCUCCGGAGUCGAUGGUGGGGCCUCCCAACCAGCUAAAAAAAACACCAGGGGGCCUAAUCGAAUGCUAAAGGAGGCACAGGCUGUACGUAUGUCCGCCUCCUUGAUCAAGAUUGCAUAUGACUCGCAACAUCGUGGAGCGGCUACCUCACAGCAGCAUAGCAGCGUUGUUACUAGCUGUGGUUAUGUUAUUCGGAAUUGUUGUCCUAUGCGGUGGGAGUCUUGGGCACGAAUUCCCGAGGAGACGAAGAAACUGGUGCGAGACAAGUUGUCGGUCAAUUUUGAUGUUAAGGACUUAUCCCCUGAGGUCAGUGCCUACUUAGAGGGGACCUUAGCAAACCGGUACAAAGAUUGGAAGAGCGUUUUUCACACGCAUUUUCAGCUAUGGGAUGAUCCGGAGAUUGCUCGCCUAGAGGGUUGCCCAAACGAGUUGAGGGACCGGCCAGAGGAUUGGGAGUGGCUCUGUAAACAUUUUAUGGAUCCAAAAUUUGUGGUAUGUACAUAAUACUUUAAUAAUAAUUUACUGUUUUUGUUAUCUUUUUAAGCUUUU